CUUUCUUCCGUCACCCCACCGACCUGCGAGUUUAUAAGCUUUCUUCGGUCACCCAAAGAACUCUUGAAGUUCUAGAGAGAGAGUAGAGAGAGAGAGUAAUGAUCAUCGAUCAAGAACCCCCUAGCUUUUGUUCUUCUUGAAAUCACACCACUUAUUUCAUCUGGGGUUGAAUCAUUUCAUCUUUAAACAUCAUAAAACAUCAGAGAUACUUUCUCGUUUAGACGUAGCUUUUAUAAUACAAUCGUUCAAGUUAGAGAGGACAAUGGCUGAUCCUGCGGUUUCAUCACAAUAUGAUACUGUUACAUCUGAUGCCCCUUCAGAUGUCCCAAAUAGGUUGAUUGUCGUAUCGAAUCAGUUACCCAUAAUCGCUAGGCGUAAGACUAACGACAAUGGAGGGUCCUUUUGGGAUUUCACUUGGGACGAGAGUUCGAUUUACAUGCACAUCAAAGAUGCAUUACCCGCAGCCGUUGAGGUUUUCUAUGUUGGCACACUAAGGGCUGACGUUGGCCCUACCGAACAAGAUGACGUGUCAAAGACAUUGCUCGAUAGGUUUAAUUGCGUUGCGGUUUUUGUCCCUACUUCAAAAUGGGACCAAUAUUAUCACUGCUUUUGUAAGCAGUAUUUGUGGCCGAUAUUUCAUUACAAGGUUCCCGCUUCUGACGUCAAGAGUGUCCCGAAUAGUCGGGAUUCAUGGAACGCUUAUGUUCACGUGAACAAAGAGUUUUCCCAGAAGGUGAUGGAGGCAGUAACCAAUGCUAACAAUUAUGUAUGGAUACAUGACUACCAUUUAAUGACGCUACCGACUUUCUUGAGGCGGGAUUUUUGUCGUUUUAAAAUCGGCUUUUUUCUGCAUAGCCCGUUUCCUUCCUCGGAGGUUUACAAGACCCUACCAAUGAGAAACGAGCUCUUGAAGGGUCUGUUAAAUGCUGAUCUUAUCGGGUUCCAUACAUACGAUUAUGCCCGUCAUUUUCUAACGUGUUGUAGUCGAAUGUUUGGUUUGGAUCAUCAGUUGAAAAGGGGGUACAUUUUCUUGGAAUAUAAUGGAAGGAGCAUUGAGAUCAAGAUAAAGGCGAGCGGGAUUCAUGUUGGUCGAAUGGAGUCGUACUUGAGUCAGCCCGAUACAAGAUUACAAGUUCAAGAACUUAAAAAACGUUUCGAAGGGAAAAUCGUGCUACUUGGAGUUGAUGAUUUGGAUAUAUUCAAAGGUGUGAACUUCAAGGUUUUAGCGUUGGAGAAGUUACUUAAAUCACACCCGAGUUGGCAAGGGCGUGUGGUUUUGGUGCAAAUCUUGAAUCCCGCUCGCGCGCGUUGCCAAGACGUCGAUGAGAUCAAUGCCGAGAUAAGAACAGUCUGUGAAAGAAUCAAUAACGAACUGGGAAGCCCGGGAUACCAGCCUGUUGUGUUAAUUGAUGGGCCCGUUUCGUUAAGUGAAAAAGCUGCUUAUUAUGCUAUCGCCGAUAUGGCAAUUGUUACACCGUUACGUGACGGCAUGAAUCUUAUCCCGUACGAGUACGUCGUUUCCCGACAAAGUGUUAAUGACCCAAAUCCCAAUACUCCAAAAAAGAGCAUGCUAGUGGUCUCCGAGUUCAUCGGGUGUUCACUAUCUUUAACCGGGGCCAUACGGGUCAACCCAUGGGAUGAGUUGGAGACAGCAGAAGCAUUAUACGACGCACUCAUGGCUUCUGAUGACCAUAAAGAAACCGCCCACAUGAAACAGUAUCAAUACAUUAUCUCCCAUGAUGUAGCUAACUGGGCUCGUAGCUUCUUUCAAGAUUUAGAGCAAGCGUGCAUCGAUCAUUCUCGUAAACGAUGCAUGAAUUUAGGAUUUGGGUUAGAUACUAGAGUCGUUCUUUUUGAUGAGAAAUUUAGCAAGUUGGAUACAGAUGUCUUGGAGAAUGCUUAUUCCAUGGCUCAAAAUCGGGCCAUACUUUUGGACUAUGACGGCACUGUUACUCCAUCUAUCAGUAAAUCUCCAACUGAAGCUGUUAUCUCCAUGAUCAACAAACUGUGCAAUGAUCCAAAGAACAUGGUGUUCAUCGUUAGUGGACGCAGUAGAGAAAAUCUUGGCAGUUGGUUCGGCGCGUGUGAGAAACUCGCCAUUGCAGCUGAGCACGGAUACUUUAUAAGGUGGGCGGGUGAUCAAGAAUGGGAAACGUGCGCACGUGAGAAUAAUGUCGGGUGGAUGGAAAUGGCUGAGCCGGUUAUGAAUCUUUAUACAGAAACUACUGACGGUUCGUAUAUUGAAAAGAAAGAAACUGCAAUGGUUUGGCACUAUGAAGAUGCUGAUAAAGAUCUUGGGUUGGAGCAGGCUAAGGAACUGUUGGACCAUCUUGAAAACGUGCUCGCUAAUGAGCCCGUUGAAGUGAAACGAGGUCAAUACAUUGUAGAAGUUAAACCACAGGGGGUCACUAAAGGUAUAGUUGCAGAGAAGAUUUUUGCGUUCAUGGCUGAAAAGGGAAAACAGGCUGAUUUCGUGUUGAGCGUUGGAGAUGAUAGAAGUGAUGAAGACAUGUUUGUGGCCAUUGGGGAUGGAAUAAAAAAGGGUCGGAUAACUAACAACAAUUCAGUGUUUACAUGCGUAGUGGGAGAGAAACCGAGUGCAGCUGAGUACUUUUUAGACGAGACGAAAGAUGUUUCAAUGAUGCUCGAGAAACUCGGGUGUCUCAGCAACCAAGGAUGAUGAUCCGGAAGCUUCUCGUGAUCUUUAUGAGUUAAAAGUUUUCGACUUUUUCUUCAUCAAGAUUCAUGGGAAAGUUGUUCAAUAUGAACUUGUGUUUCUUGGUUCUGGAUUUUAGGGAGUCUUAUAGAUAUAACAUUUCAUAUGCUACCUUAACUUUGGUCUUUUUAUUUUCUAUAUACAUAAUACAUAGUUUGUUUGUCUU